GUAUUCAUUUAAUUUGGGAUUUUUUUUUAUAUUUUUUAUAGUGUUAUCAUUUUCGUUUCAACGAUUUGGUUAUCAUCGGAAUGCAGCAACUCCUUCUCCCAAAACCUCAGCUUUCUUCUCCGCUCCUCAUCAAUCCCAGAGUUAGAAUUAGGGUUAGGGUUAGCGUUAGAGUUCCCGUUCAGGUAUCCUCCUCCUCCUCCUCCUCCUCCUUUUCCAAGCAAUUGGCGACCGAGACGGAGCUCCUCCCCAAUGCUCUACGCCGCAAGACGAAUCCCCUCUGGACGCCCCGUGGUUUCACUCUUGGCGUGGACCUCGGAGACUCCCGCACCGGGCUUGCCCUUGGCAAAGGCUUCUCCCCUCGACCGCUCAACGUAUUGGACCUCCGUGGUCAGAAGCUGGAGCUGCGACUCCUGGAGAUUGCGGCAAAAGAGGAGGUCGAUGAGUUCGUAAUUGGGCUCCCAAAAUCGCAUGAUGGGAAGGAAACGCAGCAAUCGAACAAGGUCCGUAGCAUCGCUGGAAGGCUGGCGGUGCGAGCUGCUGAGAGAGGGUGGAGAGUGUAUCUGCAGGAUGAACACGGUACAUCAGUGGAUGCCCUCGAUUUCAUGAUUGAAAUGGGUGUCAAAAGGUCUUCUCGCCAGGUGAAAAUAGAUGCUUAUUCUGCCAUGAUGGUGCUGCAGCGAUAUUUCUCAAUGUCAGGGCAUGGAGCAGAGCUUGUUCUUCCGAAGCAGGCAGAACUACAAGACAAAAUCCGGAAAGGCCCUGCCCGAGACUUGGAUUUCCUCUCGGAGGAUAUUUACCAUACUUAUCAUCUCUCUGACUCUGACUAAACGUUCAACUUCAAUUAAUAAACAUAAACCAGUUGUUUGUGAUUCUGAUUUACUGAA